AUGAAACGCAUCUCAAUAGAAAAGUUGAUACUUGAGUACCCCACAAGAGUUCUUGUCCUUGAUGGCGGACAAGGUACAGAAUUGGAAAACAGAGGUAUCAACAUAGGUGGUCCAGUAUGGUCUGCGACACCCUUUACAAGCGACUCUUUUUGGGAGCAAUCUUCCCACGACCGAGAGGUGGUGGAGGAAAUGUACCGAGACUUUAUGAAUGCCGGAGCAAACGUUUUGAUGACAAUCACUUAUCAGGCAAAUUUUAAAAGCAUUUCUGAAAAUACUUCAAUUCAGACUCUAUCUGCUUACAACGGUUUUCUUGACAGGAUUGUGUCAUUUACUCGUAGGUUUAUUGGCGAGGAAAGGUACUUAGUCGGAAGUAUUGGUCCAUGGGCUGCGCACGUUUCCAGUGAAUAUACUGGUAACUAUGGUCCCCAUCCAGAGGAUAUUGAUUACUAUAACUUCUUUAAACCUCAGUUGGACAGCUUCAACGAAAAUAAAGAUAUCGAUCUAAUUGGCUUCGAAACGGUUCCCAAUUUUCAUGAACUGAAGGCUAUCUUAUCUUGGGGUGAAGAUAUUAUUUCGAAGCCCUUCUACGUGGGGUUAUCAGUCCACGAUAAUGGUUUGCUACGAGAUGGCACCACUAUGGAAGAGGUUUCGGCCCAUAUAAAAGGUCUCGGAAGUAGAAUUAACAAACAUCUCCUAUUAAUGGGAGUUAACUGCAUUAGUUUUAAUCGAUCUACAUUGAUUCUAAGAACUUUGCACGAGAGUUUACCUGACACGCCUCUGCUGGUUUACCCAAAUAGUGGAGAAGUAUAUGACGUCAAAGAGAAGACAUGGCACUGGCCAACUGAUAAGCCAGAGAGUUGGGACAUUACAGUGAAGACAUUCAUUGACAGCGGUGCGCGCAUUAUUGGCGGUUGUUGCAGAACGUCUCCCAAGGAUAUCGCUGAAAUUGCAACAGCUGUACGUAGAUACUGCGAAUGA